AUGGAAAAUGAUCAUUUAAAAAAAAUAAAUACUGCAACUGAAGUAGCUACUAAAAUUAAUGCUUUAUUAAUAGCUAAAGGAAGGUUAAAUCAAACGAAUCAAGAAUCGGAUAAUUUUUUACCUGAUAUAAAUUAUGAAGAUUUCACAAAACAAUAUUCUUGUAAUGUAGAUAUAAGUUAUAUGAAUUUAGCGGCUAAAAAAAUUCUCACAUAUGAAGAAAUUAUUAAAGAAAUUAAAGAGAAAUAUUUUGUUCAAUUUAACUUUCUAAAUAUAAACAAUUCUCAGAAAAGUAUUGAUAAGAGUGAAAUCUCAAGUUCAGAAUUUUGUCUAAUUAAAAUUAUAUCUACAAACAAGGAUAAAUUAUUAUCAUCUAUUCAAAAAUUUAACCAAAUUAUAAAUUAUGUUAACAAACAGUUGACUCCUAAAUCUGCUAGCAUAGUUAGCCUAAUAAAAGAACCUUCAAAUUUAUUAGCAAAAAGUUACCUAAAUUUUUUGCUAAAUAAACCUGCAAUCCCUCAAUAUCCAAUUGGUCAUUAUUUACAAGAUAAAAUUUUUAUUGGACUUGAUCAUGCAAAUCCCUCUUUUCAAGUUAAAGAAAAUAUUCAAGGACCUAAUAAUUCAUAUUUAGACCAUAUAAGAAGGCAAAGUAAUGCUAUUAUUACAGUCAGAGGUAAAGGCUCUGGGUUUCUAGAACCAGCAUCUGGAAAAGAAGCUUGGGAGCCACUUCAUAUACAUGUCAUGCACAACACCAAAGAUGGUUUAGAAUUAGCAAAAAAAUUAGCUCAAAGUCUGAUUGAAACAGUUCAAACGAAAUACACGAUUUACCAACAAUCUCUAACCAGCCCUUUGCCUUUCAAUAACCUUCAAAACUUCCAGAACUUAACCCUGCCACCUGGAUUUCCUCUUCACCUUGCUAAUAGGAUGCCGAUAAAUAAUUGCUUCAACUCUUUUGUUCUUCCUCAAUUUCCUUCGUAUUUAAAUAAUUUUCAUAGUACAAUGAACCCGAGUAAUGUGCCAAAUCUGUCCCAAUCGCGAACAAAUCCAUCCACUUCAAACGCAUUAACAUAUCCUUUGUACAUUCCACCUCUCUCUUUGGCUCAAAAUAAUCAAGUAAUUUGUGAUGAAAAUAUAAAGGAAAGAUAUUCGCCUACUAAAUGUUCAACAUUGAGUGACUCCGAAGAUAACGAUUUUGAACAAAUGCCGUCCAAUAAGGAUCAAGCCAUUAUCUUAGGCCCUAAUAAUACUAUCAAAAAAAUUAUAACAAAGAAAAACACAGAUGAAACUCAACCCAAGCCCCUAUUAAAUACGAUGCCAUAUUCAUCGAACAAAACAAUCUCAUUCAGUAAGACGACCGAUUUUGAAUUUAAAAAGCCUACUAUUAUACCUUCAUUGAUGAAAAGGAAAAAGAUUUCAAACAAUAUGAAAGAGGAGGUUAUAUCCGUACCUCACUGUGAUGAGAAAAAGGUUAAAGGCGCUUUACAGAAUAUAUCCGGUUAUGAUUCUGAUUCAUCCUUAUCCGCCGAAGAAUAUACAUAAAUUGUUGUAUUAAUUUUUAUAUAAUAAUUAUAUUUAUAUGUGUAAUUUAAAAAAUAGGAUUAUUUUGAUG